GGUACGUUUGGAGAAGUUUGUGCAGCUCGAGAUCUCAAGGUGCCAGGAAACGUCGCUAUUAAACGUAUUAGCGACGCGUUUGCUAGCUAUGUGUGUGCUAAAAGAACACUACGUGAGGUUCGCCUACUGCGCCUUCUCGAUACACACAACAACCUUAUUAAAAUGCGAACCAUCCUCCCUAUAAGUCGACACUCACCAACAGAUAUCUACGUGGUCUUUGAGCUCAUGGACACCGAUCUAUCACGGGUGAUCGAAUCUUCCCAGGUUCUUGGGGACGAACAUAUCAAGUUUUUCAUUUUCCAACUCCUGAGUGGUGUCCAUUUCCUGCACACCGCUGGUAUUGCACACCGUGACAUCAAGCCUCGAAACUUGCUCGUCGACGCUGACUGUACGCUCAAAAUAUGUGAUUUUGGCCUUGCAAGGCUUUGUAAUCCCGAUCUUGUUGUAGACGGCGGUAUGACCGACUAUGUUGCGACGCGUUGGUACCGCGCGCCAGAGGUA